AAGGUCUGGAUGCAGAUGGAGAGCCCCGAAGGCCUCUGCCCACUCAUUAAUUUGCUGCACAGUUCGUCCUCGGAUGCUGCGCCUCCGCUCGUCUCUGCUUCCACUGCGCAGCCGCACUUUCUCCGGCGGCCAGCAGGCAGAGGCGUCAGACGGGAAAAUGGCCCUCGACAAUCUGAUCUUCGCGCAGUGCAUCCUCUACUUUCUGGCCUUCGUGUUCGGCUUCAUCGCCGUGGUGCCGCUGUCGGAGAACUCGGAGGACUUCGGGGGGAAAUGUCUGCUGUUCACCCGCGGAAUGUGGCAAAACGAGAACAUCACCGUGUCGAAGCAGCGUUUCAUCGUGGAGGAGUGGGGACCCGAGUGCUCCUGCAGCUUCAUCACUUUUAUCGGGAUUGCAUCCCUCAUCCUAUCCGCAGUGCAGGCAUGGAGGCUGCUGUUCUUUUUGUGCAAAGGACACGACGACAGCUCAUUUUUCAAUGCCUUCCUCAACCUGAUGAUAAGCUCCCUGGUGAUGUUCACCAUCUUCCUGUCCAGCACCAUUGUCAGCGUGGGUUUCAACCUGUGGUGCGAUGCCGUCACUGAGAGUGGGACCAUGCCUAACAGCUGUGAGGAGCUGCAGGACACGGACCUUGAACUCGGCGUGGACAAUUCUGCCUUCUAUGACCAGUUUGUAAUAGCUCAGUUUGGCCUCUGGGCUGCCUGGCUGUCCUGGCUUGGGAUCACAGUGUUAGCCUUCCUGAAGGUCUACCAUAACUACAGACAGGAGGAUCUGCUCGACUCCCUGAUCCACGAGAAGGAACUGCUGCUCAGCCGCUCUUCACGCUGCAGCUCUGACCUCAAAACUGGCCUGAUCUAGAAACUACAACUCUCUCAUCUCUGCCCCUACAGUGCUCGUCACAAGUUCACAUACGCUCGACAUCCCCAUGGAUCACGUUUUAUAUAUUGAUGAUGCAUUUGAACCGUUUUUUAUGGUGGGCUGAUGAUACAGCAAACAACUUCACAGAAUUUCAUAAACAAUUACAUCCACACGCUCUCUCUAAUCUAUUGGUCAAAAUGCCAGGUUAGGUUGUAGAGAUGUUAAAUUCUGGCCUUAACUUUUCACUACUGUUGUGGAGAAAAAAAUAAAAAAAUUGCCAAGCUUUAAAUCACUCAAUUAGGUUUAUUUAUGUGCUGAACAAAAACAAGCCAGAACGCUCUCAUUAAAAGCUCCAUAUUUGUUUUAUUUUUUUCCAAAGACAAGACAGUGGAGAGACUGUCUGCCUCUCAUGCAGCUGCAGCAAGACAACAUCUAAUCUUGGUUGUGUAACCCAGACUGGUUCAUUUGGUGACAGUUCAUUAGCAUUUAGAAUAAAAGACGUAACACUGCUCUUAGCUGAAUCGGUAUACUUCUUUAAAGUCGUUGGUUUCUCAGGCCCAACACAGCUUUUAAACGUAAUAAAUGUAUUUUCAGAAUAUUUUAAAGUCAGUGCCUUUCAAAAUUGUAAUUAGUUUAUUUAGCCCAAAGCCUUUUAACCCUAAAAAGGGGCUGCCCAGGCUAGUUUUGGAAUGGAUAAAGCAGGCUAACAUCAUACGUUUGAAAAGUACUGAACUCUAAUAUUUUGUAAAAGUGUGUCCUUCCCUUAAAAUCUGGCAUAUGACACCAACAAAUUUAAAUGAGCUCUAUCAGCUUUGAACCAGAAUUCUGAAAAUCUUUUCUGUUGUCCACUGAAAGUCAUCAGCGUAUGACUAACCAAGGGAGUUUUAACUAAACUGUAUCAAGGAUUUAUGUUUAUAUUUGAGUUCAUAUCUUUAAUUAUAAACAUAUGUUGAUUUAAGCAAACAUGCAGUCAGAAUUCUUGUUUUAAAAUUCAGUGUAGUGAGUUGUUGUAACACCAGUUUAGCAUAAAAAAAA